UCACCGGGUCUUGGCCGGAGAUUACCUCCACCGGCACCCAGAGAUUGCUGAGUAACACUGACAGGGGAGAGACUUAGUAUGCUGCUAUGUAUUUCUCUGUACAGCUGAGAAAUACACAGCAGCAUGUUUCCCUAGUAAAAAAACACACAGCACAUUAUGUAAAACAGCACACAGUUAACCCCUUGAUCACCCCAGAUGUUAACCCCUUCUUGCCCAGUGUCAUUAGUUCAGUGUCAGUGAUUUUUAUUAGCACUGAUCACUGUAUUAGUGUCCUCCUCGGGAUGUCAGUGGCAGUUAGUCAGUUCCCACCCAGUGUCAGAAUGCCAGCUGCAGUCCCG